AAGAAACCGGAGCGCUGCCGUUAUAAUCAGCAAAUCUCACAGUGUGGCGGAGCUGCGAGCAAACACGCUGCUCCUCUAGUCCGCUGCGUGACGUCACCCCGGUGCGCGCUUCCAUAGAUGCGAGCGCGCGAGUACAGUGACAGCGCCUCGUCCACUGUACGCAACACUGUCUCAGGCUUGCUUUACCCGAGAAAACGGCACAAGAUCACGGAAUGUGACUUGACAACAUUCCGCUUUAUUUGAGGCCGGUCGUCCGCCCUGCUCUCGCGGGCUGCUGUACUUUAAGCCCACCGUUCCCAUUAUCAGCCAAGUGAUCGCUGCCCUCCUGUGAUCCGGGAAUCACAUUGGGAGCGUUAACAUUUGUCUUAAUUAUUCCGCGAGUUUGUAUCCCACUCUGACGGCUCGACUCUGACUUCAAGCUGAGGCUCAGUAACUGGAUUUUAUUCGGUGGAACAAUAGUCGACCGCUGCUGUCUGGAUAUUAAAUUGUAGCUACUCUUGGAUUAUUGUCUCAGCAUCAUGAGCACGAGUGUAGUACCCUAUCAGCAAAGCUCGUGCAGCAGUGAACGGAGCUCCGGACCAAUCCACUGCUUUCGCUGCCGGGAGCUGUGUAAAGGAGAGGUGGUACGAGUGCAGCACGUCCACUUCCACAUCAAAUGCUUCACCUGCCAAGUGUGUGGCUGUGAUUUGGCACAUUCCGGAUUCUUCCAGAAGAGCGGCGAGUACAUCUGCACAUCAGACUACCAGCGUCUGUAUGGCACAAAGUGUGACAGUUGUGGGGACUUUAUCUCAGGGGAGGUGGUCUCUGCCCUGGGCCGCACAUAUCAUCCGCAGUGUUUCGUCUGCAGCGUCUGCAGGAAACCUUUUCCAAUCGGGGACAGAGUGACGUUCAGUGGUAAAGAAUGUGUCUGUCAGCAGUGUUCCCUCAAACUGGUUAAUCCAAAUGAGCCAAUCAAAAUCCACGGGCCCAGCUACUGUGCAGGUUGUAAGGAGGAGAUCAAACAGGGUCAAUCUCUGCUGGCGUUGGAGAAGCAGUGGCACGUCAGCUGCUUCAGGUGUCAGACCUGCGGCCUCGUCCUGACCGGAGAGUAUAUCAGCAAAGACGGCGUUCCUUACUGUGAGUCAGACUACCAUGCUCAGUUUGGGAUAAAGUGUGAAACGUGCGACAGAUACAUCAGUGGACGUGUGCUGGAGGCAGGUGGAAAACACUACCACCCGACGUGUGCUCGCUGUGCCCGGUGUCAGAUGAUGUUUACAGAAGGAGAGGAGAUGUAUCUCACAGGUUCAGAAGUGUGGCAUCCUGUGUGUAAACAAGCAUCUCGAACAGAGAGGAAACUGAGACUCAGGCGCACAUCAGAAGCCUCCAUCUCUCCUCCAGGUUCCAGCAUCAGUUCACCCAGCAGAGUCAUCUGUGCAAAAAUGGACAACGAGAUCCUUGAUUACAAAGACUUGGCAGCGCUGCCUAAGGUUAAAGCCAUUUAUGAAGUGCAGAGACCAGACUUCUGGUCCUAUGAGUCGAGUCACAGAUACUGCUCCGAUGACAGGCUAGAGCGCCUCAGCUAUGGGGAGUCCUUGGGCACACUCUCCCCUUAUUCUCAGGACAUGUAUGAUAGUAUGGACAUACGGAUGAGGAGAUCCUCCAGUCCGGGGUACAUCGACUCACCCACCUACAGCAGACAGGGCAUGUCUCCCAUCAUGCCUCGCUCUCCACAGCACUACUACAGAUAUGGCACUGAGAGUGGCAGAAGUUCACCCUAUUACAGUCAGCUAGACGCCCGGUCCAGCACGCCCACCACAAACCAAGCUCCCAAGCAUUUCCAUCUGCCAGCCACAGGGGAGCCCAACAUCUACAGGAAGCCUCCCAUCUAUAAGAGACAUGCGACUAAGAGCAAGACCAGUGAGGACAUUGUCCAGUCCUCCAAGUUCCCAUCAGCCUACUCGCCUGAACACUACCAGCACUCAGAGUCUGAUUACUCCUACUACACCAGCUCUCCUAAAUCUUUACGUGCUCCUCGGAGAAGAUACUCUUCAGGUGGAGAGGAAGAUGGCUGGAGUCAUGGCCUUCAAAGAAUUCAGGGUGGGAUCGGUCGAAUGAUCCUGAAGGAGGAGAUGAAAGCCCGCUCUGGUUCCUAUGACAAUGACCCCUGGGGCAGCGCACGAAACUCCCGCAGUGGGAGCAGGGAGAUGCUGCACAGCAUGGGCCACAACAACACAGUUAACGGCUCUCCUCGGUCAAACUUUGCAGCAGAGAAUGAUUACAUAUCCAAGUCAGCCUCUUUGCCUGGAUAUGGCAGGAAUGGAUUGCACAGGCCACAAAGUGCUGAUUACUAUCAAUAUGACAGCGGCAGUGAAGUCAACUGGGGAAUCAGAGAGUACACGGUUUACCCAUAUGAAGCACUUCUUGUGACCACUAGGGGGCGUAACAGAUUGCCAAAGGAUGUCGACCGGGCCAGAUUGGAGCGGCAUCUUUCCGCUGAGGAGUUUUAUCAGGUGUUCGGGAUGACGAUGGUGGAGUUUGACCGUUUGGCACUGUGGAAGAGGAAUGAGAUGAAGAAACAAGCCCGGCUCUUCUAGUGUUUCUCUCCCACACACACACACACACACACACACACACACACACACACAUACACAUACAUACAGUAGAGACCUGAAAACCUGUUCCAGUCUUAACGCUACAAAAACAUCCUGUGUCUCAUGCCUGGACAGUAGAGGAAUUGAGCAACUGUCCUUGAUGACAGACAUGAAUGAUCAGACAGGCUAGAAUACUUGAGGUCAUGAAUAAAAAACAAUAAACAGAAUGGUGGGAACAUUUUAGUUUUUAGUAGAGAGUAAAAUGGCUCUUGAACACAUUUUAGUUUGUUUUCAAUUGAAAAAAAAAAGGAAUCAGGAUUUUGAAUUUUGCCUUAUGUUCUUUAUUAAUUUAUGCACCAGCAAAGUGAGUGUACAGAAUGUAAAUAUGAUUAAUACAACUAUAACAAAAGUGGAUGAAUCACCAAACGUCAUCCAUCUAUUACAUUAUUAAGGAAUAUUUCGUUUUAAAGGUUACGAAAUCAUAUUUUUCAGUUUUCACUAUUAUAUAUGGUGACUACAUAGGGUUAGGUGGGCUGAAAUAAGCGAUGAUUUGCUUGACAAUGAAUACCAAAGUCUGACUGUUAUUUGUGAAGUUAGUAGAUUAAAUUGAGCACUAUGGUGCCGUACUUUGUUCAGGUCCUUUUCAAGGAGUAUUGAAUACUGAAUGUACACUUUUCUCACAAGAAGACUUUAGGAUUAUUAGACUAAUUAUUCUGAAACACGUAUAUUGUGAUGGUAGAAAUACAUAAAGCUUGUGUUUGAUACAGAUGAUACAGACAAAACAGAUACUAGGAAAGAAUUACGGUGCAAUGUUUUUUCUCUUAUUUUUUUUCCCCAAAAUGUUAUGGUUUUUAAAAUUAAAAAGAGAGAUCUCUUGGGUAGAUUAGGGCAGUUUACUUUCAUGCUGUGAUACCUUAAAUACAUUGAAUUAUAUUUUUUGGAUCAUAUCAGGGUGAUUGUCACCUGAUUUGUUAAUAAAAAUGAAUGCAGGAGUAAAUAUGGAUUGUAUGGCCAGUGACAGGGAUAACAUGUUCACACUCACGUAUUAUUUGAUGGAAAUACACAUCACCACACCACUGAAACAAGUUACAAAUAACAACCUGUAACCUUGAUUUGGAUAUAACGGUAUCCAUGGGGUCUUUAAAAAGCCAAGGUGUACUGACAGUAGUUUUGUACCUCACUGACAAACAGGUGAAACCAUCAUGUUUUCUGCCUUUGUGUGUAGUGUUUACAACCUGUUUGCCCAAUAGAUUGUUAUGAAGUGUUCUAUUAAUUUCAUAGUGAAGGAAGAGAGCUAGAGUAUAACCAUAUUUUUGAUUCUCUCUUUUUUAAUCACUGCAGCUACCUUGCUAACUUUAUUUAUCUGUCAGUUUCAACAGACUAUGUAUAUCUUCUAUUGCAAUAAAAGUUU